AUGCAGAAUGACCCAUGGAAAUGGGCGAACGAACAUUUUUCCACUUCGGAUGGCCGCCUCAUCUACCAAUCAUCAGAGCCGUUGCCGCAGGACCUGACUUGGUAUCUUGAAGGUCUGCCACCGUUCUUGGACAUUUCCAAGGAGCAAAGUGACACGCCUAAUACGGUUCUCUGGGACCUCACCUACCCCAUUGUGGCAGCGUCUGGCAAGACGUCCGGCCACUCGAGCGAGAAGCUUGGUAAACCAACGAACCUGUCCCGCUGGUUUGCGGAGGUCCGACUUUGGGGCCCAUGGCUCGCUCCAAGACAGGGUAAGGACCGCUUUCAGCCUGAUAAGGAGGCCGUGUUGGCAUCCUUUGAACGUCACGACGGAGUUCAUCUUGUGUUGCUCGCAGUCAGUGGUUUGAAUGAGGUGCUGACAACGCUUAAUCACGAUGGUGAUGGGAGAGUCGUUAUGAACUCCAAUAAUGACAGCGACAAAGAUGGUCUUGUACGCAUCGUUGCUUCAGUAGGACACAGUUUGGAAGAUGCUGUAGCAGCCUCCAUGUACUAUGUGCGAAAGCUCAUCAUGGCAUACGAACAGUCAACAGGACAGAUCAACGAAGAAGAAAAGGCCUUGACUGAUGACUUCAAGCCUGAGUGGCUGGAGAAUUGGUAUGACGGGUUGACGUACUGCACUUGGAAUGGUCUAGGCCAAAAGCUCACCGAAGAGAAGAUCUUCGAUGCCCUGGAAUCUCUCCGCAAGAAUGAAAUCAACAUCAGCAACCUUAUCAUCGACGACAAUUGGCAAUCACUCAACACGGAAGGCGGCGAUCAAUUUAGCAAUGCCUGGGUUGAGUUCGAAGCAACUAAAAAUGGGUUUCCACGUGGUCUCAAAGCUACAGUGGGCGAUAUUCGAAGCAAAUACCCGCAUAUCCGCCAUGUUGCUGUCUGGCAUGCCAUGUUCGGCUACUGGGGCGGUAUUGCGCCAGAAGGCCGCAUCGCAAAAGAGUACAAGACCAAGGUCGUCCAACUCAAGGACGGCGUCUCGGGUGGAAAGAUCAUUGUCGUCACAGAGGAAGAUGUGAACCGCUUCUACAAGGACUUUUACCAAUUUCUAUCCUCGUGUGGUGUCGACUCUGUCAAGACCGAUGCACAGUUCUUCCUGGAUGAACUCCACGACGCAGACGACCGUCGCAAUCUGAUCAAAGCCUACCAAGACGCAUGGUCCAUUGCUCAACUUCGCUCCUUUUCCGCGCGAGCCAUAUCCUGCAUGUCGCAAGCACCCCCCAUCAUUUUCCACUCACAACUACCAUCCAACAAACCACGUGUGUUGCUCCGGAACUCAGAUGACUUCUUCCCUGAAGUGCCAGCAAGCCAUCCAUGGCACAUCUUCUGCAACGCACACAACUCCAUCUUGACCCAGCAUCUGAACAUUCUGCCUGAUUGGGACAUGUUCCAAACAAGUCACGACUACGCUGCUUUUCAUGCUGCGGGACGCUGUGUCAGUGGAGGACCAAUCUACAUCACCGACGUACCAGGCCAGCACGACGUCGAUCUCAUUGCGCAGAUGACUGGAAACACACCAAGAGGCGACACAGUGAUUCUGCGUCCACACACCGUUGGCAAAAGCACAACCGCAUACAACGCCUACGAUGACACGGCCCUCCUCAAAGUAAGCACCUACGUCGGCAUGGCACACAGCGGCGUCUCCAUCCUGGGUGUCUUCAACUGCACCCCCAAGCCCGUCGCCGAACUCAUCGGCCUUGAUGCUUUCCCCGGCGCAGAAAAGGGUACCUACGUCAUCCGCUCGCACACCGACGGCCAGGUCAGCAAGCCGACAAGCGUGGCUACUAAUGCCUCGUUUGUACAUCUCGACCUGCCAGUCCGCGGCUGGGAAAUCCUCUCCGCAUUCCCUCUUCUGCCAUUCACCCUGAAGCGAGAGACAGGCCAUGACGUACAGGGCCCAGAAGACAUCCAAGUAGCCAUCUUGGGCGUAGUAGGUAAAAUGACAGGUGCAGCGGCUAUAGUGUCUAGUGACGCAUAUGUGGAUAGGAGUUCGGGUCGACUGAGAGUUUGGACUAGUCUCAAGGUUUUGGGAUCGUUUGCAGCAGCAGCAGCAGGAAAACGUUGA